CAGAAAUAAACCAGCUAACAACGAGAAUUAACACAACUAAGAACAAAGAUCAACAUACUUGCAUAAAAGCGUACAUUUUAAAUGAGAAAAUUCAAUCGAUCAAUCAGUCAAUUUCAAAAUUGAGAUACUUUCUGCUAAUAACAUUAAUGUUAAAUAAAUCAAUUAAAUCAAUUGAAAGUUUCUGCAGCAGCAAUAACAAAAGCAAUUUAAUAAAAAAGCAAUAAAUAAAUAAUAAAGCAAUUGUGAUACAGAAACCUGGGAAUAGAAGAGACUCGGUACGGUGGCUUCCUUACUAUCGCGGUUGAAAAUAACAGUUCAUUUGAGUUCUUAUAAUUGUUAUAUUUAGGAAGUGGUAAACUGUUAUACUUAGAGGUUAGAAGAUAAUUAGUUGAUUUGAAAAAUGGGAAACUCGUCGUCACACACUCAUGAACCACUUGAGCGUGGCUUUACUAGAGGAAAAUUUGGUGAUGUUAAAAAUGGGAAAUCUGCAUCGUUUCGAUUUAGUAAAAAAUCACCAAAGAAAAUGGAUCGUUUGCGACGAUCUUUUCGUGAUUCAUUUCGACGAAGAAAGGAUCGGGUACCAGAAUCAUCGAAACCACAUCAAUGGCAAGCAGAUGAAGAAGCUGUUCGUUCAGCAACAUGUUCAUUUCCUGUAAAAUAUUUAGGUUGUGUUGAGGUAUUCGAAUCGCGCGGCAUGCCAGCUUGCGAGGAGGCCCUGAAAGUUUUAAGGAAUUCCCGUCGUCGUCCUGUUCGUGGCAUGCUUCAUGUAAGUGGGGAUGGUUUGCGUGUAGUGGAUGAUGAAACGAAAGGUCUUAUUGUCGACCAGACCAUUGAGAAAGUGAGUUUUUGUGCGCCAGAUCGUAAUCAUGAACGUGGAUUUAGCUAUAUAUGCCGAGAUGGUACUACUCGUCGUUGGAUGUGUCAUGGUUUUCUUUCAUGCAAGGACAUUGGUGAACGUCUAUCGCAUGCUGUUGGUUGUGCGUUUGCCGUUUGUUUGGAACGUAAACAACGUCGGGAUAAGGAGUGUGGUGUAACAAUGACAUUUGAUGCAAAAAGUGCAACUUUUACACGUACUGGCUCAUUUCGUCAGCAAACACUAACUGAACGUUUGGCAAGUAAUGAACGUAGUGUCGAUACGCCUUCAGUGGCAGUUCCUCCACAGCCACAGGCAAAGCCAUACAAUCCAUUUGCCAUUGAAAGACCUCAUGCUACACCAUCUAUGCUAGAAAGGCAGGGUUCAUUUCGAGCCUUCAGCACAAUCGGUAGUCAGUCGCCUUUCAAACGACAAAUGUCGUUGCGUAUUAAUGAUCUUCCGUCCAAUGCAGAGCGGCAAAAAGCAUUCUUAACAGCUAAUACCAACACACUUGCUUUAACUACUCCCAAUCGUGGUGUUUCACCUAUACCAGAAGUCUCACCGGCCAAAGCAAGACUUGAUACAGAAAUCGAUAGUAGUACAACAGUUGAUACAGUAAGUCAGCUAUGUCAAGAGCUGAGCCAAGGCUUGUCAUUACUAACACAAACAGACACAUUGAUUGGCACUGGAGACGAUCUUAAUUUCAAUAAUAAUUUAAGUAUUAAUCAGAAUAUUAUUGCAGCUGAAAAACAACAACAGAAAAUAGUUACUGCAUCGCCUAUAAUAUCAAACAGUUAUGGGUAUAUUGCUACUGGAAUAAGCAGCACUAAUAGUACACCUACUGCACAAGUAACGCCGCGAAUUGCCUCCAUUUCGCCAGUUUCCAGAACUUCGCCACCAAUGAAUUCAACUGAAACGACAUCUCAAGCAGUUAUAACGCCAAUAACAAAUGCCGUUGCAAUAUUAACACCACCAACAACAACAAUAGCAGCGCCAGCAACAAUGACUGUAUGUCCGGUUGAAGUAGUUGCGCCACUACCCAAUGCUGAUCAUUGGUAUGGUCAAGUAGUCAAAAGUACUUCACCAGUACCAAUUAAACGUGCUCCACAUAUUGCUGCAACCGGUCGAGCACAAUCGUUAAGCUCAGCACCAAACGCUGUAGACCCCUUUGACGCAGAAUGGGUUGCUAACGUAACAAAACCACUAUCGCCAGACUUACCAGUUCCCCAAGGCAAAGCACCACUACACAGCACCAAUCCAUUCAUUUCACCUCCUAAGCCAACCCAGACAUUCCAAGUAGAACUUUGAAGAAAUGAAAAAAUAAUCAAUCGGGGGAUCAAUACAAAGCAACACAUCCAUACAAACACACAAACACAUACCUAAAAUUUAGAAAAAGUAAAAAUUAUAUUAAAAAUAAAUAAUCAUUAUUAGCACAAGGAUUGCAAAUUACAAAAUUACUAAGAAGCAGAUAAACAGUUUUUGAGGAUUCUACCUUGUCCGGAUGAGAAUGCGGAUAUCUAUGUUACUGCAGCUUAUGAUGAGGAAGUUAUGAACUAGAAAAUCAAAACCGACCAUUCGUACGAGUAUUUAUUUUUGUUUGCGAUUACAAAUAACCUGAACAAAAAUUAGUUACUUAUAAUAUUUAAACGUUGUUACUUAACUACAAUUAAAUUAUUCAUGUUAAAUACUUAAACAUUUUAUAAAAAUAAAAUAUUAUUAGCGAAAUAGAAUAAAAAAUUACUGACUUCUGCUUUCUUUUAAAGAAAGCGCAAAGGAUUAUGUGAAACUGAAAUUAAAAGAUAUAUAAAUAGCAAUCAAAGGUUUAUAUUUAUUAUUUUUAUAAAAAUUUAUUUAAAUGUGAGUAUCUCCAUUGCGAGUGUCUCAAUAUUUUAUUAGGUUUCGUUUAUACGUUUAUCCGUUUAUGCGGUAAUGCGUUUAUGCGUUAAUACGUUUAUACGUUUAUACGUUUAUGUAAGAAGCAAAAUCUAGAAAGUAAAAGAUUAUUAUUUAUGAGAGUAUGUUAUGUAUUUUCGUUUGAAAUUUAUUUGUUUUCAUCUUUGUCGUUAAGUUUUCGAAUGUAAAAAAUGUAAAAAUGAAAAAAAGGCUUUGAAUCCUUUUUAGUACAAAAUCGAAUAAAAUACGUAAGAAAUCCGAGGUUUCUGUCAUGUUCAAGCCUCUACAUAUCACGUGUACUGGGAGUUUGUUGGAACUCAACUCACUGUUCAGGUACACAAUGCACAUGCAACCAUACCUACCUACCGAUAGGAGAAGUUGUUUUUGAUUCUCAGCCAUUGGCGUAAUUGUCCUUUGCCUGAUAAACGAAACAAAUCACAAUAAAUAAAUAAAUAAGC